UGAAUUAUCAUUAGAAUGAACAAUGUAAUUUAUUAUUUAAAUUGAAUUUCGUAAAAGUAAAAUAAAAACAAAAACUUUCGUGCGUUUCUCUCUCCACUCCCCCCCCUUUGGCCAGGUUGUCUCUCAAUUUCUUCAUUUUCUCUUUCUUGCUCUUUUUCAUUCAAAACCCAAGUCAAUUAGUUUCUGAAAUACACCUCUAUAUUUUUUGUAUUAUUCCAAAUUCAAAAAGGGGGCAAUUUUUAUAGAUCUCCCACUUCAAUUUGAGGUACUACUUUGCUGAGGAAGAAGAGGGUUGAAUCUGUUUUCAACCCAUCUACUGAUACAAUGAACAAUCUACUUUCGGAUUCAUUUGAGAUCCCACGCGGGGAAUCAUCGCGAGGUGGUGAUCUUGAGAUGGGGGAAAAUCUUCAGAAUUCAGGAGAAUUGGGUUUGCAAAUUUUCUCUAAGAAGGUUCAAGAGAUAGACAAACAAUAUGAGAAACUCAAUGAGCUUCUUAGAAAGCUUCAGAAUGCUCAUGAGGAGUCAAAAGCUGUAACAAAGGCUGCUGCUAUGAAAGCUAUCAAGAAGCGCAUGGAGAAAGAUGUAGAUGAAGUCCAAAAGAUUGCCCGGCUUAUUAAGUCAAAAAUAGAAGAACUAGAUAAAGACAAUUUUUCAAGCCUGCAGAAGCCUGGAUGUGGAAAAGGAACAGCUAUAGAGCGUACCAGGUCAACACAGACAGUUGCAUUAAAGAAGAAAUUGAGAGAUAAGAUGGCAGAGUUUCAGACAUUACGUGAAAAUAUUCAUCAAGAGUACCGGGAAGUUGUUGAGCGUCGUGUUUAUACAGUAACGGGUCAAAGAGCUGAUGAAGAGACAAUAGAUCAAUUAAUUGAGACUGGUGAUAGUGAACAAAUCUUUCAGAAGGCAAUACAAGAGCAAGGUCGUGGUCAGAUAAUGGAUACACUUGCAGAAAUACAAGAGCGCCAUGAUGCUGUUAGAGAUGUAGAGCGAAAGCUGCUCGAGCUGCAACAGAUUUUUAUGGACAUGGCUGUUCUGGUUAAUGCCCAGGGAGAUUUGCUUGACAAUAUCGAAACACAGGUUUCAAAUGCUGUAGAUCACGUAAACACAGGAAACACAGCAUUGCAAAAGGCAAAGAGCUUGCAGAAGAACUCACGUAAAUGGAUGUGCAUCGCAAUUAUAAUCCUUCUUAUCAUUGUUGCUAUUGUCGUACUAGGUGUACUCAAGCCUUGGCAAAGCAAGAACGGUGCUUGACCUGCUUCCUUUCGUACAUUCUAUACAUAUAACAAGAUCAUGUGAAAUCCUUGUCUCCCCAAAAUACAAAAUAGGUAAAAAAAAAUUGAUUUUGUGAGUUUAUUCUCCUUGUAACUUCAUCAGCUUUGUGUGAAUCAGUUGUUCCAAUAUCUACAAACCCAGAUUUUUCCCUUUGUUUCAUGUUGCUCAGACCUAUUAUGAUCCCUAUAUCCCUUUUAUUUUCUCUUCCAAACGCCGUGUGUAUGUAACUUUAUUCUUUCUGGCAUCACCAUUUUCAUUUAUCUUCUGAAUGCCUUGGACUUGAAGUAAUUUCAAUUUUCUUCUCAUCU